AUGAAGUUUUAAUUGAUGUAGUGCUAAGACUUAUGAAGGAUGGAAUCCUUCAGUUUCCAAUCACAAUUGACAACAUCAAGGCCAUUAUUAUUGUGAGUCUUAUAUAAUGCAUAAUUGUAUCCUCAUUAUUAUUCACGCAUGCAUGCACUUUCAUUCUUAAAUUUGAUAAUCAUUUUUGGUACAUAGAAUGUUGAUAUAGUCUCAGGUAGGACAUCCGAUCAUGGUUUCGUAAAGAAAUUUACACAUUAAAAGGGUUAUAAUUAAAAAAACAAUUCAACCACAACAACAUAGUUUUUCUAGGGUAAUGUAAUAAUAGCUAAAUAUCAUGUUUUGAAAAAUAAUUUUGACCUUGAAGUUAUAAGAAAUUAAAAUAUUUCAGUAGAAAUUGGUGAAAAGAUUAUAAAUAUAAAUAGCUAGCAUUCACGACAAAUAUCAAACUCGCUCAUAAAUGCAGGUUUUAUUCGCUGCUGGAACAGAAACUUCAUCGUCAACAGUUACUUGGGCCAUAGUAGAAACGAUGAAGAAUCCAAGUAUACUCAUCAAAGCUCAAGCUGAGGUAAGAGAGGCUUUUAAUGGCAAAGAAACUUUCGAUGAAAAUAAUGUAGAGGAGUUGAAGUACCUAAAGUUAGUCAUUAAAGAAACUUUUAGACUCCAUCCUCCACUUCCACUGUUGAUUCCAAGAGAAUGUAGAGAAGAAACAAAUAUAAAUGGCUACACUAUUCCUUUAAAAACCACAAUCGUUGUUAAUGUUUGGGCAAUGGGAAGAGAUCCAAAAUAUUGGGUUGAUGCAGAAAGCUUUAAUCCUGAAAGAUUUCAGCAUAGCACUAUGGAUUUUACUGGAAUUACUCCAAGUUAGUUGGACUUAGCUGAAUCGACUGGAUUAGCUGUUCUUAGAAAGAGUGACUUUUAUUUGAUUGCAACUCCUUAUUCACCUUCACCGGAGUAAUUUGGUGGCAUCAAACAUGUUUUAAACUUAUCUUUUCUUCUUAUUUACUUAUACCCAUCACCAUUGUACUUUCUUUCCUGCUGUACUUUAUGUUUUUACUUAUUUAUAAUGCAUCUGUCUUAUCUAUAGAAAAAAAUGUAUCAUUACAAUUAUACAUAGAGAAUUUCAAAUAAAUAUUUUUCUCUGUUAAAUUUUGGAAUGUAAUGAAUGGGGGUUGUAGUUACUUAAUUUAUUACAUCCCCGUAUAAGAAGUAUAAACAAAUGUAUCACUAUAUUCUAUUAUGUUCGUCAUCCCAAUCCCCAGAUUAUAUUGCUAAGAUGUGUUUCAUAAGCUAGAAUGAGUUUUGAAAGUUGGAUUACUUUCAUUUAGGGUUAACUCUAUAAAUAUAUCCUCAAAGUUAGCAACAAUUUUCAUUUAAACACUUUUGACUUAGACUUGUUCUAGUUGAGCACUACAACGUAACAUCAGUUAAAGUGCACUUCAACAAUAGUAAUCUAGCAAAACAUUCAAUUAAAAAAGGGGGUUUUGACACAGUGACCCACAAAAAUAAAACUAUUUACCCUUGUUUACCCAUUUAUUUUCCUACCUAUAAACUAACUACAUUUCCUACCCAUAGUAGGUUUUUGUGGGGAAUUUUUUCUUUAUUCUCCAAUUCUUUUUUAUUUCUAUGCUUCU